AUGACUUCCACCAUCCCCACUUCACCAUCCUUCUCCAUCCUCUCCUUCAAUCCCACUUUCACCAACACUCCUUCUCAAUUCCCACCUAACCUCCCUCUCCCUCGCCGCCCCCGCCACCCUCGAUUCACCGUCAAAGCCCACUCUUCCAACUCCCCCGUUCUUCACCACCUCAAAAACAUCGCCGGAGCAGCAGUCUUCUCUGUUGCAACCGCCACUUCCGUACUCACAUUUUCACCUUCCCCUGCCAGAGCCCAACCGCCGCCUACACUCACCGAAGUCAUCGACGAAACUGAAAUCGAAACCGAAACAGAUGCAGUUCUCGCCGACGCUGACACCACAGAAACAUCGCCUCUGUCCGAAUUCCUCGAAACAAACUAUGAAUCUUCAUCACCGGAAGCUCUGAAGUCUCUUCUUCAGCAGAAGCUCGACCUAGGCGAAGACGAAGAGGCGUUAAAGAUCCUCAAACACCUGAUCUCAUCGCAACCACAAGUAUCAGACUGGAAGUUCCUCGCGGCGAGGUUAACUACCGAAAUUGGAGAUACCGACAGCGCAAGAACUUUCUAUGACGAAAUCCUAAAGUCAAACCCGCUUUCUUUCGAAGCGCUUUUCGAAAACGCGCUUUUGAUGGACCGUUGCGGAGAAGGAGAUGCUGUAAUUGAAAGGCUUGGAGUUGCUUUGGAAGACAACAAGGAAAAGGAAGCCAGGGAUGUGAAGUUGAUAAUGGCUCAGAUUCUGUUUCUGCAAAAGAAUGUUGAUGAAGCUUUGGGUAUGUAUGAGGUAUUAAUCAAAGAAGAUGCUAAUGAUUUUAGACCUUAUUUUUGCAGGGUAGUGAUUUAUACAUUGCUUGAUAAGAAUUAUGAAGCUAAGGAGGAAUUUGCAAAGUAUAGGGAUUUGUCACCUAAGAAGUUUGAGGUUGAUGGUUACUUGAGAACACCUUUGUCAAGGAUCAAAGAUUUUGGUACUGAUCAAAGCUAG